CCUGCAUGCAUUUUGAUCAGGCGCACGCUGCGGUCGGCUAUGCCUGUGUGACGGGGUCCUGCUGCUGGCCGAGGUAUUUGGAAACAGAAGAGAGACGUGCAACGCAGCUCAGUGACUUUCAGCAGCCAGGAGGGGAGAUCACGGCUUUUCCACACGAUUUCAUGGCUUAACAAACAAGCCGAUUUGUAUUUGACACCGGCUGGAACAUGAAUUUCAUCAGAAGUCGCCUUGCCACCGGCAGACUCAUGGGCCAGUGGCGCAGGCAGGUUAUGGAGACGGGGAGUGUCAGGAGGAUGUGUGAUAAACCGCAGGAGGCGAAAGCGGAGUCUCAACCUGCUGUCCCGCCACGUGCGGAUCAUCUCGGGUUCAAGAUCCCAGGCUACAAACCGUCGGAGUUCGACAAGAAGAUGUUGCUCUGGUCUGGACGCUUCAAGACAGCAGACCAGAUACCAGAGCUUGUGUCGUUUGAAACGAUUGAUGCUGCCAGGAACAACGUCAGAGUGAAAGUCUGCUACGGGAUGAUGGUGGCCACCAUCAUGGCCUGUCUGAUGAUGGUCAUCUCGGGCAAACGGGCUGCAGCGAGGCAUGAGUCCCUAACCAAGCAGAACAUGGAGAAGAAAGCCAGAUGGAGGGAGGAGCUCCAGAGAGAGAGGGAGGCAGCUGCAGCGAUGUCUGAGAAGGCUCAGUGAUGGGGACGGGGACUGCCAAUCACCACACAGCUAUGUCAUGUUCCCCCAAAACGGGGCCAUUAGUGUCCCCCUUCGUGUGUGUCACCAUGUUAGAGCCCCCUUGCCACUCCCACCCUCUGGGGACAGGUGGAGCAACCAAAAAAUAUCACAACACCGGACACCUAGUAGCUCGGCGACAACGCAAAACCCAGAAACCAAGAGAUUUGCCAUCAAGCACAAUUCUUGAUGUUAAGGCACACUUAUCAUGGAGUAUUUGAUCGUAUUCAAACACAAUUUAAGAUUUUCUUAUGUGUCAGUGUGUUCAGAGCAAAAAUUGGCACCGGUUUGAGGAUACAACACGGACUAUUUGUUUUCCAUAACGUAGUAGCUGUAAUAUGACUCUUGCUGGGUCCGGAAACAAACCCUCGAGUGCAUUCGGUUAGAGGUGGCAUUUGGUUGAAGGUCAGAGGAGAAAGGAAAACCUCAGUGUGACUUUUGUUGUUGAGCAAGUUUAAAGUAAAAGGCUUUUUGUAACUGAGAUUUUUGGUAUUCGGCGUCAAUACAGAAAAAUGGGAAUAAUUUUAGCUGAGGAUUCGUAUUGUAUUUUUAUCAGACUUCUCCAACAGCACCAUGUUUUGUAGUUCAAGCUCUUCAAUCCAUACCUCUUUCUCUCUCAGGCUUUCCAACAUAAAUGCCUUAAGUGUUCCUCUGUUUUUAAGGCAAUGCCUAGUUUUGCGCCUCAUGUAUGUGACAGCUGGGUCCCAAACAGUUUUUACCUAAUCAAUAGUUUUCAUGUGAGAACGUUAACAGUUGGAUCGGACAUGAUCCUGUUGUACAGUACUCGCCCCCAUCCUAACAAUCUCACACCCACGUCAUUAGGCCUGUCUGUUCAUUGCUGAUGUAACAGCUGUAUCUGUGCAGCUAGCAGCUGUAAAACCUAUGUGACAAAAGAAAACAAAUACACCAAUAAAAUAACUUGUCUUUGUGACUUUG